AUGGCUCCUGCCGGCCUCGCGCUCGGUCGCGCAGAACGGACUCAGAGGCCUGGCCUCUUUCGGCGGAAGACUCACGCUCAAGCUAUCCCGGAGCCGCUCUCUAUCAACACUGAACCGACGGCGGAUGUUGCCCGGCCCAAGACAGCCAUCCCAUCUCGAAGUCCGGCCGCCGAGUGGCUUGCCGCAAAGGAAGAGGAAAGCUCUCAGGGAAGCCAGGGAUCAGAUCUGUCGAAAGUGCCAUUGUCAUUCAGCGGUGCGCGACGCCGUCGUCGGGGCCAAACUCUCACAAAUCCACCUCUGCGAAUUCCGGAAGAUAAGUCGACAGACUCGUCGGUCGCAACACAUACCCGGCGGCCAUCCACCGGUUGGCUGCGACGACUGUCGAUGGCCUCAUUUCAAGCUGAGACCCCGACCGCAAGUAGCCCAGCAACGCCCUCGUUCAAUGGGUCAGCAACUCCACUCAUUUCUCACUCGCCCCGUCAGCGAAGACCGGCCAACAAAUUGGUGAAGCGACCGACCUCGCAGCAUACAAAUACGCAUGCUCUGGUCGUGAACCCCAUCUGUGGAGCAUCGCCGGCUGCGCUGCGCAGGCCCGCCACUAGUCACCAGAGGUCGGAGUCGAUGAUCCUCCGGACUCCCUUGACACCUGAUUUCGAUAAGUAUUUCCCGAAGACUCCUGUCGAAGGUCCAGCGAUCGAGGAAUUCGAGCUCGAUAAACAGAAGCAUUGGACGCCAUUCUUCGUUCCCAAGGCUGGCAAAUUAGCCGAGAGACUUUCGCGCAGAUUCUCGACCGCCACUGCCCCAAAGGUUCAGAGCAUACGCCAUAUUGUGGCUGACCAGGGCGCUCUUCCAGCGUUGGUUAUGGCUAAUGUGAUCUCACCCACGACUGCUGCGCCCCGAGAAGACAGAUCAGUCCCUCAUACUCCAAUUGAAUUCCGCGAUCCGUUCCAAACGGCCCCCUCUGAGCCCGGUCCGAAGCAGCCAAUCGCCCCGGAACAGCCAGCAGAAAAAUCCGGCCAUAAACAGUCAUACUCGGUCAACGAUGUCGAGCCGAAAAUUGUCAUGGCAAACACAGUCACCGCGCACGGGACACCGAUUAUGGGACUCGUUCGCGGCGGCUCUCUGAAGCGAGUGAAAGGGAGGACCUUCUCAGUCCCUCCUUCGGAACUCUCCAGGGAAGAAAAGAAUGUGGCUAUUCCGAGUUCCCCGGAGCCAGAGCCGCGGCGCAACAUUACUGAUCCAAGCGUAUUUCGCGCUCCUUAUCCCAUUUCUCAGCCUGGUUGGGCUGAUUCGGCUUUGGAAAGACGGUCUCAAGUUGGUCCCCGAUCGGUAUCGCAGGACUAUAACGUUGGAUUGGGAUCUCGAGCCGGUUCACGUCAAAUGACCUCGGAUGCGGUCGCCCUGUCGGCCUGGCAACAAGCAUCUCGUCCCGGUGGUCAAGCUUAUGGUUCUCUUCGCCGCCGUCCCAAGGGAUUUUCGAUUUCAGGUUCCGAUCCGGCUUCAACCAUUAUUGGCUCCGAUGACACGCGGGUGUUUACAUCGUGCGAUGGAUAUGAUACAGAUAUGAUGUCGGACUAUUGGGACUCUGUCCGCACACGUGAGACCAAUCGCAGUGGACUGAAGGGGCUGCGGAUUGAGACGAUGUUUGACAAAGCAGGUACGAGCUUGGUGAAUGAAGAAGCCACGACCUUGGAGUCUCUCCUCCCGCGGGGUUCCUUCGCCGCCCGGUCUUUGGACAAGGAUCCCCAAUUGUUCACUGAUCCGCCACUGUCGUCCCCUCCUUUGGUUCAAGCAUCCAUGGUUGAGAAUCCGUUCGUGUCUGAUGAUGAUGCUCUCAGCAUGAUUGGAGCGCUUCCGAGCGAUAAUCGUGAUUGUUUUUCAUCUUCCUUGACCCAUUCAUUGGCGAAAUUUGCUGAGGAGCCCGAGUCGCGUGCUGGUGCAGCUAAUGAUAUGUCUGGAUCCUUUAUGGGCGAGUUAGAUUCGGAUGUCAACAAAAAGACAAACAUCUUUGACUGGUCUGAACAAACGCACCCUAACCGUGAAUCUUCGGACUCUGAGACACGUCCUAGGACCAUGCAUGGGAAGCAAGAGGGCGUGGUUGAUAGAAACAGUCGGGCUGUUUGCCGGAAAGCACCAUCCACCGUCCAUCUUAGGAGCCAGAGUGUCCCAGUCGCCAGUGAACUUCCCAUCAACGAAUCGCGUCAAACUUCCGGGAAGUUUGGUACUUGGGGCUUGGGCAGUAAAGGUGUUAGUGAAGAUUGGGAUAGUGAUUUUGACUUUGACGAGUCGGAGGACACACCUAUCGCCGAAAACAAACCCCUUGUUGAGCCUGAUAUCAAUCGCCAGAGUAUGACUGUUCCCAAGGCCAUUCUGGAGCGUCAAGCAAGUCUUCGUGGUCAAUUUGGACAGGUCCAAGAAUUAACACUACUGGUUGAGGAAUUGAAACGUCUUCGGCAUCAAGCAAAUGUGCUGGGAGUUGUCAACGGACCUUCCAGUGAACUGUGGGCAGAAGCAGAGCAGAUCGUGAACCUUGCUACCAUUGAUGAUGAGGAGGAGCGUCGCUCGCCGCCAGGAUCUCCACAAUCUCUCACUUUCAGUUUUGAUGAAUCUGACGAUGACGGUCUUAAUGCGUCGUCAAAGCGAAACAGCGAAGUUUCAUGGGACGUGCCCCGUGGUGAAAACACCCAGCCCACGUUGCCCCUCGCUCAACUUGCAAAGGACUCCCCAAAGUCCAAAUCCGUACUUGAUAUCCUCCAGCCUCGACAACAAGAGCCCGCUUCAGCUCUUAAUGAGUUUGAAUUAGCAUCACGUGCAAAGAAGCUUCCGUUUGAUACUUCCUCAUUGAAAAAUUUAGUGGUUCGUGCGGGUGUGGUGACACGUGCGUUGAAGGAAGUUAUUCGCAAAGCAGACGGGGUAGCAACCAGCCCGCAGGAUUUCCAAGACCCGCCAUUCCGACGCAUUUUCGACAAACCGUCUCACGAUGAUAUUGCCAGCUUCGAGGCAGCGCUGGCUGACAUGUCCUAA